CACAGACCCCAUCAUCCCAUUCAACCUCCUCCAUUCCUCUCCUCCAUUUUUUCUCCUCCAUCUUUUUUCCCUACUCGUUAGGGUUGUUUCUUAAAUGCUCUGCACCCUCUUCACUCUAAUCUCAACGCUUUACAUCUUCAGCUGUCUUCUCUUUUGCCUUCAAGAACAGUUUGGACUCUCCUCGAUUGUUACAAAGCUGCACUCAUGCCUACCCUCGUUAAUUACAGUGGUGACGAUGAUUUCUACUCUGGGGGCUCUUUCUACUCAAAUCCCAUGGAUUUGGGCUGCCUGUUGUCACUUGGCUCCAAUGCAGAUUUGUAUUACCCUUCUAGCAAGCGGGCUCGCAUCAGUUCCAAAUUUGACUUUGCAGGGAGCAAUUUUGAGCAAGAGAAGAAAGCUUCCAUUGAAGUUCUUCCUGAGGAAUGCCUCUUUGAGAUCUUCAGGCGCUUACAUGGUGGCAAAGAGAAGAGCGCAUGUGCCUCUGUCUCCAAGAAGUGGCUUAUGCUCCUAAGCAGCAUCCGCCCAUCUGAGAAGGAGAUCCCCAAAUCAGAUGACACUGAACUGACCACAGGCGAUGAGGAUCAAGAACUGGAAGCUGAUGGUUUCCUUACAAGAUCUUUGGAAGGGAAGAAAGCAACAGAUGUCAGACUUGCUGCUAUUGCUGUUGGAACCAGUAGCUGUGGGGGACUGGGGAAGUUGUCAAUUCGAGGUGGCGAUUCAAUUCGUGGAGUUACCAACCUUGGCCUGUCAGCAGUUGCUCGGGGAUGCCCUUCUCUCAAGGCUCUUUCUUUGUGGAAUGUCUCUUCUGUUGGUGAUGAAGGUUUGAUUGAGAUAGCUAAAGGCUGCCCUUUGCUGGAGAAGCUUGAUCUUUGCCAGUGCCCUUCAAUUUCCAGCAAAGGUUUGAUUGCAAUUGCAGAGAACUGCCCAAAUUUGACUGCUUUGAGUAUUGAGUCAUGUCCCAAGAUUGGAAAUGAGGGCUUGCAAGCUAUUGGAAAGUCAUGCUCCAAGCUGCAGUCCAUAUCUAUCAGGGACUGUAUUCUUGUUGGGGAUCAUGGAGUAUCUAGUUUGUUAUCGUCAGCGUCUUCUGUUCUGACAAAGGUAAAGCUUCAGGCUUUGAAUAUCACAGAUUUCUCGCUUGCAGUAAUUGGGCAUUAUGGCAAGGCUGUUACCAAUUUAGUUCUCACUGGUCUCCAGAAUGUCAGUGAGAAAGGCUUUUGGGUCAUGGGUAAUGCUCAAGCUCUGCAGAGUCUGAUCUCAUUGACAAUCACUUCCUGCCGAGGAACUACAGAUGUCAGUCUUGAAGCCAUCGGCAAGGGCUGCACAAAUUUGAAGCAGAUGUGCCUUCGCAAGUGCUGCUUUGUAUCCGACAAUGGAUUGCUUGCUUUUUCCAAAGCCGCAGGAUCACUUGAGAGCCUGCAACUGGAGGAGUGUAACAGGGUUACCCAAUCAGGGAUUAUUGCUGCCCUGUCGAACUGUGGAGCAAAGCUGAGGUCUCUUACCCUAGUAAAGUGCAUGGGAAUCAGGGAUAUUGUUGUAGGAGUACCUAUGUUCUCUCCUUGCACAUCUCUUCGAUCAUUGUCCAUUAGAAACUGCCCUGGUUUUGGUAGUGCUAGCCUGGCGGUGGUGGGAAGGCUGUGCCCUCAGCUUUGCAACGUAGACCUGAGUGGUCUCUAUGGAAUGACAGAUGCUGGGAUUCUCUCACUUCUAGAGAGCUUGGAGGAUGGACUUGUCAAAGUGAAUCUUAGUGGCUGCUUGAAUUUGACAGAUGAAGUAGUUGUGGCCAUGGCUAGGCUACACAGGGAAACCCUGGAGGUUCUGAAUCUUGAUGGGUGCAGGAAGAUCACCGAUGCAAGCUUGGCAGCAAUCGCAGCCAACAGCUUGUUUCUUCGUGAGCUAGAUGUAACAAAGAGUGGAAUCACGGAUUCUGGCCUUGCUGUCCUCUCCUGUGCUGAGCAGAUCAGUUUACAAGUGCUCUCCAUAUCUGGUUGUUCUAAAGUAUCAAACAAGAGCCUCUCUUCCCUGAAAAGAUUGGGCAAGACCCUGUUGGGAUUGAAUCUCCAACACUGUACUGCAAUUAGCAACAGAUCAGUUGAGCUGCUUAUAGAGAGCUUAUGGAGAUGCGAUAUUCUUGCCUAAUCAGGAACAGAACAACUCGCCAAUUUGCUGAAGCAGAGUAGCGCAUAUGCAGUUGGUGUCCAGAACUCAGAACUCUAGUUUGGCUCAUCAUAAAGUAGAUCUAAAAGCUCAUACAGUCGGUUCGUACAGGUAGCAACGUUCAGCUUACAACAUUUUUGGCCCAUUCGUGGUGGCGCUGCUGGUAGUUCAGUGGCUUGGUUGUUUUCAGGGGACUUUGGCAACUUUCAUCAUCCACUUUUUGCAGGCUUCAUGGUAAAGCCUGUUUUUUAGCCUCUCAUUCAACGUGAGGCCUGCCUCUUCCAUGCCCAUGGUUCCCUGAAAUACAGUCACCAAGCUCUGAUUUAAGGUUUCCACUUGCGUACCGGGUCCUCCUUUUGUCUUGCUGGAUCAUCUGCUUUACCUGGUGUUUUUAAGCUCUGUCCUGCAUUCCUCGAGGGAUGUCUGAUUAAGCUUUCUUUUUAUUUUCAGUCUUAUGGAAGUCUGUUGUCUGAGAUUGGUGUUCUUUCUUUUCAUUUAGGGUCUAGCACAUGUUUAUGGAACUUUGUUUUCCUUCCAUGGAGCAUCUAGUGUGGUUGCUUUCUGCUUUUUGUAAGUUUGGGUUCCUCUUACUUUUUGCCUUUGGUGUGGUGGCAAGUGAUUUCGGUUAGUCUGCCAUGACAAUCUUGUUUAGGGUUGUUGUUUUUCCCACCAAAUGUCCUAGUUAUGCAGGUUUCUCCUUUCUUUAUGAAUUGUACUCUGCAAUUACCAGUAAUGAAAUCAGUCAUUUGCUCAA